AUGGUGUAUCGCAGCUAUACGCCAGAGGAGAAGGUGCAGGUGACAGCCGCUGAGCAGGCCCGCGACCCCAAGAUUCGCGAUUGCGCACUCUCCCCUGAUGCCACCGAGCGUGCCUUCGCCACCGCACUCCAAUCCGCUCGCCAGCGCAAGCUCUCCGCCCUCUCCUCCGCCUCCGCCUCUGCCUCUGCUUCUCAAGGCAAGCGGAGAGUCCGCUUCUCACGCCAGUCUUUUGGUGGUGAGGGGGACGGUGGGGCGCUGGGGGAGGGGCAUGGGCGUAUGUGGGGGGGAGGGGAGGUGGGUGGAGGGAGUGGGAAGGGGGAGAAGGGAGGAGGGAGUGGGUGGUGGUGGUCGUGGUUGUCGUGGUUUCUCGGUGGUGGUGGGAAGGCGGGAAGCGGAGGGGAUGGUGGUGGUGCUUCUGGUGGUGAUGGGUCUGGUGGCGGCAUCAGCAGUGGCUUUGCAGGUGCAGCUGCUGCUGCUGUUGCUGAGGCUGCUGCUGCUGAUGCUGCUGAUGCUGCUGAUGCUGCUGCUGCAGAGGAGGAGGAAACUGAGGAUGGGGAUGUAGAUGCUGCUGGGGCUACUGCUACUGCUGCUGUUGCUGCUGCUGCAGGAAAGGGGGGCAGUAGCAGCAGUGGCGGCACGAGCAGGGCACUUGAUAGAGUGAAGAAAAAGGGAGAGGGCGAGGGCAGUGGAGGAAGGACCAUGUGGGGAUCACUCAAAGGGUGGGCAGGCGGGCAGAAGGCAAAGGGGAAGAAGAGUGGUGGUGAGGGGUGGGACGCGGUGGCGGAUAAACUGGUGGAGACAUCAAAAGGGAGGGAGCUUAAGAGGAGCUUCCAGGUGUCGAGGGAGAGUAGGAGGGAGGGAGGAGGAGAGGAAGGGGAGGAUGAGGAUUGGGAGGAGGAGGAGGUGGAUGAGGAGGAGGAGGAUGAGGAAGGGUCUCCUUGUGUGGUAAACGGAGAGGAGGGUGAAAGAGGGAUGGACGGGGAGGAGAGUAUGCGGGAGGAGGAUCCCGGGGCUGGUGGGCUAGCUAGGGAGCAGAGGAUGAACGGUGAGGCGUUGAUAGAGGGAUGCGCGCUGCAGGAGAGCUCAGGCGAGGGAGGAGAAGGCAGGAUGAAUGGGGAGAUGAAGACGGGUGAAGUAGAAGGUGAGGCAGAAGGUGAGGCAGGGGCCAGUGAUGAUGCAGGGGCGAGUGGCAGGGACGGGCAGAGGAGGGGUGAGGGGCAGGGAAAGGGUGUGGGUGGCGUGCAGAGGAAGAGGGAGGUGAGGCGGAUGCUGCUGCGGGCGAUGCUGGAGUGCAAGGAGAGUCCCGAGGGCCAUGUUGCACGCUCUCGCACUCGCUCUGCUGAUGCUGCUGAUGCUGCUGGCGCUGGUGAUGCUGGCGUUGGUGCUGGUGCUGGUGGUGGUGCUGCUGGUGGUGCUGGUGGUGGUGGUGUGCCGAGUGGGAAUGGUGGGGAGGGCGGUGGGCUGGGAGGGAGCAGCGGUGCUGGGGAGUGGGAUGCGGUGAUGGACGGUGUGGUGGAGUUGGUCCAAGAGCAGGAGCGGGAGCGAGAGCUCACAAGGACUGCUCUUUUAGGGAGUGCUAGGAGGAGUGAUAUCUCUUCUGCUUCCACUCUAGGGAAUGCGAGUGCUGCUGGGACUUCCAAUGUGGUACUCGUGGGGAGUGCUGUUGGAAAUGGUGUGGGGAAGAAGUCUUAUGGUGGGAUGGCAAGGGCGGUGGAUACGGGUCGAGCCUUCAGCCAGGCUUUAAGCAUCCUUGCGGAUAGGAAGCUGCCUGGAAAGGGGCUGGGAGGGAAGGGUCUUGCGGCUGUGAGGCGAGCUGGAGGAGGGCACACUCGCAGUAAGACGGUUGAGGAUGCGCCCUCUUUUGAAGCAGAUGAAACGGUGGUGGUGGGAGAUGAAACGGCGCAGGAGGGAGAUGAAACGCGUGGGUGUGAGGGUGAUGGGAAGAGGGAGGUGCAUGGUGGGUUUGGCGGCAAAGCAAAGAGCUUUGCUGCACUGGAGGAUGUGCUUGCAGCAGAGAGGGCGAUGGAGGGAGAUGGAGAGGAGGGAGGUGGAGAGGAGGGAGGUGGAGAGGAGGAAGAUGGCGAGGCUGAGUGUGGGAGGGCGUGGGAGAUAAGUGUGCCUGUGACGAAUGGGCCUGUGACGAGUGGGCCUGUGGCGAGUGGGCCUGUAACGAAUGUCCCUGUGACAAGUGGGCCUGUGGCGAGUGUGGACGUAGCAAGCAGUGUUGCCACUUGUGCCAGUGGUGCCAGUGGUGCCAAGGAUGUCACGGUUGUUGAGAGCUCUGGGGUGGGUGGGUGCAGAGAGGAGAGUGGCGGUGCUGACUGUGCAGGGGCAAGGAAGCAGGCAGAGACUGCUGCUGAGGUGGGAGUGGGGGAGGAGUGGCGUGGGGAGGGGGAGAGGAGUGGAGAGGGGAUGGAGGAGCGCAUGAAGGAGGCGGGUGGAGGUGAGGGAAGGGGGGAUGAUGAUGUGAGAGGUGAGAGGCAUGAGAGAGAGGAGAGAGGUGCGAGGCAUGAGAGAGAAGAGAGACGGAUGGAAAUUGAAGAAGAGAGUGGGAGGUGCAAGGGGGAGGACAGAGGAGGGAGCGGAGAGGAUAAUUGCAAGGAGUGGAGGACGAGCAGAAGCCAUGCCGGCGACUCAGCGAGGCUGGCAGAGACAGUGGAGAGCACAGGGGAGGAGAGUAGAGGGGAGGAGAGCAGAGGGGAGGAGAGCAGAGGGGAGAGUAGAGGGGAGGAGAGCAGAGAGGAGGAGAGUAGAGAGGAGAGUAGAGGGGAGGAGAGCAGAGAGGAGGAGAGUAGAGAGGAGGAGAGUAGAGGGGAGGAGAGUAGAGAGGAGGAGAGACGAGAGGAGGAGAGUAGAGGGGAGGAGAGUAGAGGGGAGGAGAGACGAGAGGAGGAGAGCAGAGAACGGUCGAGUAGAGAAACGGAGAGCAGAGAGCAGAAGGGGUGGAAACAGGCGAGCAUCGAAGGAGCCUCUACAGCUGACUCGUUGGCUGCUAGUGCUGCAGUGCCGGGUGCUGCAAGCAGGCAUGUUCCAGUGGGGAGCGAGGAAGGUAGAGAUUUAGCUGCAGGGAUAGAGGGGAUGGGAGUUGGUGGCACAGUGAUGGGUGGAAGAACAACUGACAUGUGGCAUCAAGGAGAUGGAACGGGGGGGCGAGGGACGGACACGCAACAAGGGCGAGAAGAUGAACCGUGUGGGCAAGGAGAUGAAACUCUUGUGGAAGGAGAUGAAACUGCUGAGCAAGGGGAUAGGAGGGAAGCAGAGGUGCUUGUGGCAGGGGGGUCUGCGGACUGUGAUGGGGAGGUGGAGGGGAGGGGCGCAGCAGGCGAGGACACAGAGCACAGCGAGAAUGUGGAUGGGUUAAAUGCUGGGAGAGAGCAGGGCGAUGGGAAAAUGAGUGAAGAGAGAAGAGGAGGAGAGCAGGAGGAAAAGAGAAGAGGAGGAAAUUUGGAUGACGAUAGAAGAGGAGGAGAGGAAGAGAGGAGAAAAGGAGAGCAGGAGAAAGAGAAAAGAGGAGGAGAGCAGGAGGAAGAGAGAAGAGGAGUAGAGCAAAAGGAAGAGAGAAGGGGAGAGCAGGGGGAAGAGAGAAGAGGAGAGCAGGAGGAAGAGAGGAGAGGAGGAGAGCAGGAGGAAGAGGGACGAGGAGACGAGGAGCCCAUUGGUCGGAACAGGCAGGACAAGGAGGGAGCAGCAGCGAAGGAAGCAGCAGCGGAGGCUGGAGGGGAGGAGGGUGUAGGAGAAGGGGUGGGAGGAGAGGAGGGGGAGAAAGAGGAGGGGCGAGGUGAGGAGGGGGGAGGAGAGGAGGCGAGCGUGCCGGCAGUGAGUGGACCACUAUUGAGCCCUGCUGCGCGGGGGUGGGGUGGAGCAUGGCUGGGCGCUGCUGUGCACGUCAGUAGAGUCGCAGGCAAGGCGAUCCGUCGCACCCCCUCUGCUUCCGCUGCUGCCGCUGCUGCUGCUGCUGGGUCUGUGUCUGGAAGGAAGCCCGGAAAGAAGUUGGGGGAUUCUGGGAGGAAAGAGGAGGUAGGCAAUGAGGAGCCGGCAGUUGGGCAGACUCUUGAGACGUCUGGGAAGUCGGCUGGGCAGGCUUUUGAGGUGUCUCAGAAGGCGGUUGGGAAAGCUGGAAAGGAUGAGGGAGAGUGGAAUGACGCUUCCUUCUCCUUCACUGCUCCUUCUUGGUCCUUUUCUUCUGCUGCGCCUGAUUUUCCUCCUUCUCUUGCUGACCCCAGCCUUCGAGCUGCAGCGUCGUCGGUGCCAUCAGCACCAGCGUCAGAAGCAACGGCACCAGCAGCAGCAGCAGGAGCAGCAGCAGCAGCAGCAGCAGCAGCAGGGGCAGCAGUAGCAGGGAGUGCAGAAGCAGCAAGGGCAGCAGCGGCGGGAGAGCGACAGCAGGAGCGGGUGAAGCCACCAACCAUUCCCAUUUCCAUGGCCGUGCGCACAGCAGCAGGCAUAGACCUCGUCUCCUCUGCCCGCACUCCCUCCUCUGGCUCCCCCCGUGUGUCCUUCGCCUCCCUCCCUUCCCCGCGCUUCAUUAGCAAGUUCCUGGGAUCAUCCAGCCUCGCUUCCUUUCAAGUCGACGCCACCAUGACUCGAGCGCUUCUCCUCCUCCUCGCGCUAUCCGCGUUAUUAGCAGCCGCCGCUGGCGCUGCUGCUGCAACUAAGCCCCCCCGCUCAGGCGGGGUCGUUCUGCGCGGCGGCGACGGCAGCGUGACCGGCGGCGCGGCAACAGCUGGCGGGCGCGGCGGCAGCGGCGAUUCGCACGCCGUUUCCCGCGGCGAUUCGCGGCACGGCGGGUUGCCUGGCGGCGGGAGAGACGAGGAGAGGGAGGAGGUCGACGGAGGCCGCGACGGGCAUGGCGGCCGGGGUCAUGACAACACCGAGGGCGACUCGUCUGCUGAUGACGAGCACGAGCGGGAGCAUGAUAGCGAGGAUGAGAGCGACGAUGAUAGCGAGCAUGAGGGCGGUAGCAGCAGCCAUGGCGGCGGGCUGUGCGGGCGGGGCGGGUGCAGCGAGGACUCCGGCGAGGUGGGGUACUGGAAGCUGCCCGACUAUGGCCGCUGCUCCAUCGGCACCGCCAGCACCAGCAGCAGCAGCAGCAGCAGCGGCGGUGGUGGUGCGCCGAGGAAGGCGGAUGAGGCGUGGUGUGCAGGGGCGGCUAUGGAUGUGAAGGAGUGCUGCAGCAGAUGCAGUAACGUCAACGCCACGGUCGAUGGCACCCCUUUCAACUGCCGCCACUGGGUGCACAUCCCAUCUCCCGACUCUCACGACCGCGGCAGCAGUAAGCAGCGAGGCAAGUGCGUCCUCCUGCCGGCCGUGGACGCGCUCACGCCCGAGAAGGCCCGCAAGGGGCGCUGCGGCACCAACACGGGCGGCGACACGGUGCGCGUGGGGCGGCGGUGUGCGUACGGCGAGAACGACCCGCACUUCCUGGGCGCGCACGGCACACGGUUUGACUUCAACGGGCUGCCAAGGCGCUCCUUCUGCCUCUACACCGACCGCCACCUGCACGUCAACAUGGCCAUGCGCGGCUAUCUCGACCCCCGCCCGCUCCCACCCACUGCUGCUGGUAACCGUAGCACGCUGGCUGCAGCCCGUUUUGUCAACGGCUCGGCUGUUCGCACGUGGAUCCGACAGCUGGCGAUCAUGUGGCACGACGGCGAGAGCAGCAACAGCAGCAGCAGCGGCGGCGGCGGUGCUAGUGCCGGCAGCAGCACAAGUGCUCACACUCUCGUGCUCACGGCACGGGAUGGCAAGGAGCAGACUCGCGGCGCACAAGGCUUCCUUGCGUCUGUCACUCUUGACAACAAGCUUCUUCCGCGCCUGACUCUUGGCGAGAGCCACGUUCUUUCCAACGGGCGGCUGAUUUUGUCCUUUGUGGGCCAGGAGAAGACCGGCCCGUUCGACGUGGACGUGUACACUCUCCGCCUGGAAAAUCUCCUGGAGCUCGAGCUGAAGCUGCGCGCGGCGCACCCUCUGUUGCAAACACCUGAGGACGCGCAGGUGCACAUCAACCUGAUGUUUGUGGACUCGAAUCCGAGCAGCGAGGUGCACGGGGUGAUGGGGCAGACGUACCGCAGCGGCAGGGAGCAGCGCACCAUGGAGUAUUCAAGGCUUGCUGCGCUGCUGCACCACCCUGUGUCGGUGGAUGGGGAGGAGGGGAAGGGGUUUCUGGAUGGGCAGGUGGGGGAUUAUGAGACGUCUGCGGUGACUGCCACUGACUGCAGGUUCUCUGCUUUCAAUGGCGGGCAGCUGCCUCUGCUGGCAGAGUAA